AUGUCGACGAAAUUGAAAGCGCUAUCGAAGAAGAGAACGGCGGAGGACGACAAUGACAGCAACGCGCCACAGGCAAAGAAGGUGCAGAAUAAGCAGCGUGUGCUUGUACUCUCGAGCAGAGGUGUCACCGAGCGUUAUCGACACCUCAUGAACGAUCUCCAAGCGCUUCUCCCGCACACCAAGAAAGACUCAAAAAUCAGCUCAAAGACGUCACUCGCAACUCUCAACGAACUCGCUGAUUUGGCAAGCUGCAAUAAUAUAAUGUUCUUCGAAACCAAACAUCACGCUCAAAUUACUGAUCUCUAUCUCUGGUUGGCUAAGGCGCCUAAUGGACCAUCGGUUAAAUUUCACUUGCAGAAUUUGCAUACGAUGGAUGAGCUGAAAAUGACUGGAAAUUGUUUGAAGGGAUCAAGGGGUAUUCUAAGCUUCGGUGAGGAGUUUGACAGUGAGCCGUGGUUACAGCUUUUGAAGGAACUGUUUACGCAGACAUUCGGCGUUCCUACUUCAUCCCGUCGCAUUAAACCUUUCUUCGAUCACGUCCUUUCGUUCUCUUAUCUGGAUGGCAAGAUCUGGUUCAGGUCUCACCAGAUUGUGGAGAAAGAUGCGACGACAAUCAAGGCUGAACUCGGAAACAAGAAUAAAUCUCCUGCAACUACACUGGUUGAAAUUGGUCCACGUUUCGUGCUCACCCCAAUACGUAUAUUUGAAGGCUCUUUCGGUGGCCCAACAGUGUUUUCGAAUCCAGAAUUCUUGCCUCCUACCAAAAUACGCAAAAUGGAGAGAGAGGAGAAGGCAGAAAAGUACAGCAACAGGAAGGACACACAAGAGGAGUCGAAGCAGCGCAAGAAAGAUAUCAGCAAACGCGACAGAGGAUUGGCUGGGGAAUUGGAAACAGCCAAGGUAUUUGCAUGA